CUUCUUUGUUCUAAUUGUCUCAAAUGGCCAAGGUUCAUCCUCAAACCUUCCCCUCUUCUUCUUCUCCUCCUCCUUUGAUGGAGAUAACAUCAAGGAGAGAGGUUUAUACCAUAUGGAUGAAAUCAUUGGUGUUCAAUGGGAAUGGUUGCACCGUAUAUGAUUCCAAUGGUAGGAUUGCUUAUCGGGUCGAUAAUUAUGCUUGCAAGUGUAGUGAUGAAGUAUACUUCAUGGAUCACGGUGGCAAAGUACUGUUUAAGAUACUUAGAAAGAAAUUUAGUGUGCUCAGGCUAUGGGAAGGCUAUAGAUGCACCGAUCCGGGGCUAGAAGAGAAAAAUCCCUGGUUCAGAGUCCAGAAGGCUCGCCGGCUUCUGUCGAGAGACCGUUCCAGCGAAACCAUUGUAUGGGUUGGCUGUGGAAAAGAGUAUAAAAUAGAAGGGUGGGCACAUAAGUCGGAAUACAGGAUUAUGGACAUGGCCGGAGGGCUAGUAGCUGAGGUAAAGAGGAAGCAAACAGCCUCUGGGGUAGCUCUGGGGGAUGAUGUUUUAAGUCUGGUGGUGGAGCCCAGUGUAAAUCAUUUGCUUAUCAUGGGACUUAUGGUAGUUUGUGGUCUAAUCAACCACAGUUUAUGAGGAGGACUCUUUUUGUUGGCUAAGCCAAUUGGAGUUCUUUGUACACUGAAUAAUAUAUUGCUGCAUUUGCUGACUGGGAGAAAAAGGAUGAGGCAAAAGAAAAGGAUUAGGAAGCAGGUGUAGCAGGGCAUCAGCCUGUUUUAUUAAAAUAUACAUUCAUUUGUUUAUCCAUUGUGACAUUUAUUUGGUCCAAAGGAAUUGAUAUCUACUAGAUGUGAUCAUGUGUGAUGUAUAUGUUUCCCUCCUCUUUCAUUAGUGUAUACAUCAAGAAAAGGCUACAUCUGAUUGAUGGCCAAAAUUUCA